AUGCGUGGUGUUGUCAAACUGGGCGCCAAGGGCGAAGUUAUGGAGCUGGUGGUCUCGAGGAAUUCGGCGACAGCCUGGGGAGCGGAAAUGGACUGUGACGAUGGAGGAAGACGGAGGCCAGGCACUUCUGAAGAGCUUCUGAGGCGUGUGGUGUGGUUCAACGAGGACGACGGAGUGCAGGCUGAGAGUGACGAAUGA